GCUUGGAUCUCAUCAGUCUCUCCUUCUGGGAGAAGAUGAGCUGAUGGGGUCUCAUCUGCUUGGCAUCCCUCCCCCAGAGGAGCCUGAACCGGGGAUCUGGAAAUGUGUUCUCAUCUGGGCUCUCUGAGGUGAGCUCAAAGUCAUCCCCACAAUGCUGCUGCUGCUGCUGCUGCUGCAGAUCUCAGCGAGCUGCCUCUGGCUGGGACAUGGCGAGGUGGUGACAUCCUUUCAGAGUUCAUGCCCUCAGUUUUUCUUCCGGGGAACCCCCCCAAAUAAAGCCUUGGAGCCAGAGAGCCCAGCCUGGAUCUGCCAGCGUUACGAGAACCACUAUUACUUUGCCACCCUGUACGACAGGAGCAAGCGGAUUCCCGUGUACUCUGCCUACCUCUACCAGCCUGAAAGUGGCAAAAGACCCAACACAUGGCUGGUAGAGCCCCAGCUGAUGGGCUCAAGUUAUCCCAAAACUAUGGAAAAAGAGUGGACCCUCUUAAACAAUUUUGGUGUCAGCUUAGACCAAAUCAGCAACAGCCAGGCUAUCCUCCAAGACUACAAGAACCUGACAGGUUUGAACCGUGGCCAUUUGAACCCCAGUGGCCACCACAACAGCUCCAGCAGCAGGACAGCUACCUUCACCCUCACCAACAUAGUCCCCCAGAAUCAGAAACUCAAUGGCGGUGAAUGGAACAACUAUGAACAGCAAACGAUGAUGAGGAAGACCCAAGGCUGUAAAACCACCUAUGUGGUCGUGGGGGCCGUACCUGGAAACAACUAUAUUGCCAAGGGAAGGGUUAAUAAACCCAGUCACAUCUGGUCGAGUGCCUGCUGCGAGGUGAACAGCAACCAGAGGAAAGCUUGGGCUGUCAUUGCUGAGAACGACAAGAACGAGGUGGAGCUGCUGACGCUGGGGCAGCUGGAGGACAGGCUGACCCAGCUCUAUGGGAGGGACACGGUUUCUUUGUUUGAUAACAGCUGUCCCCGGGAAUAAGCCCCCACUUCAUAUCCCAGGUUAUGCCAUGUGUCUUUUGCAGCAUCUGUUCAGCUUCCUUCUCCAGCAGCUUUCCAGCUCUUUCACUCAGCUAACUUUCUCCUCUAUAAAAGGGAAGAAGAGGGCAGCAGAGCCUCUGGCUGGUUUGCUUUGUUGCCCACCCUUGGAGGGAGCCCCCAGAAGUCUUUUGCCUGGCCACUCUGGAAGGGCAGGUUGAAAGGUUCUGGAAGGCUCCCCUUCCACGGGGUUGGAAAUCAGAGCUUCUUGCUGACACUAGAGGGGCUUUGUCUUUUCCCCCUUUUUCUCCAUACACAGAUCAUAGUUCCUUCCUCUCUUUGGUAGGUCACUGCUAACGUGCUGCUGACUUGUCCCUCACCUCCUCGGGAAAGAUGUGGGUCUAAGGUAGCUCAGGCUGUCCAGAGAGCUUGUGGAGUCUCCUUUGCUAGAGAUACUCAAAAUCCAACUUGACACGAUCCUGGACAACCUGCUUGAGCAAGGGUCUGGACUAGAGGAUCUCAAGAGGUCCCUCCAAACCUCAAUGAUUCAGUGAUUCAUCCUGAGAUAAAGAAAGCAAAGAGCCCAGAGAUUGCUGAGUGUCUGUAAGGGUUAUCCUACAGAUGCUUCCUGACCAUCACAGCCAAUGACAACAGCAAAGGGUGAAGUGGAAAGAAGGCAGGUAUGCAGAGGAGGAACAUAGGAGGCUCUCUUGAGGUCUGUAAAUGGGUAAAACAAAGAGAAGGACAGAAAUAUCCUGCAUCUAACCACUAGGCUCCCGUAACCCUGAACUUACAUGAAGACUGUGCUUGUGCAAACUUACCAGCAGGUUUUUGUGUGCUUGCUCUUGGACCAUGCACCUUGAAACAGGUGCUGAGGGCUCAAACAUCCAUGCAAGCUCAGGGAUCAGACAUGCAGCAAGCUUUGACCAGGCAAAGAUACAUCUCUGUGAUACACUAGCUGGAUAAUUUCCUUCUCUGCUCUUCUUCUGAACCUCUUCUGCAGAUGAAUGUAUAAUCCAUUUUGUGAAAUGU